UUCACAAGCUUGGUGUGGCGUCAGCCAGCCCAAUCACUGCUCUUCCCUUUCUAUCUCUCUCUGCUUUAUUUCAGUUAUUCUCUUCAAUUUUUGUUCAUAAAUUAUUCUGUGUGCUUUCUCACAACAGAAGCAGCAGAUUCUUGAGAUUUAGUGAUAAUUGCAGCUACAAUUAGCUACUAAACAAAUAAAUUUGUUAAUAUGAGCAUUAUUGGGUCAGUUUCUGCUGUGAGCGCAAGCAGCAGCAUACAAAGAAGACAGUUUUCACAGAGUUGUAAUGGUUUCCAAGGAUUUACAAGGAGCGAAUGUAUGGGAUUUCAAUUACAAGCUCCAGUUUCAUACUUGUCUAGAAUUAGACCGAGCUCCAAAGUGGGCCCUUUGCAGGUGGUUUGCAAGGAUUACCCGAGGCCUGAACUUGAAAGUGCUGUAAAUUUUUUGGAAGCUGCUCAGAUGUCUGCAUCUUUUCGCAGUAGUCCCCGUCCAGAGAAAGGGCUUAAGAUUGUAAUUGCUGGAGCAGGUUUGGCUGGAUUGUGUACUGCAAAGUAUCUUGCUGAUGCUGGUCAUAAACCCAUUUUAUUGGAGGCACGGGAUGUUCUGGGAGGCAAGAUUGCCGCUUGGAAAGAUAAGGAUGGGGACUGGUACGAAACAGGCCUGCAUAUAUUCUUUGGAGCAUAUCCCAACAUGCAGAACUUGUUUGGUGAACUUGGAAUUGAUGAUCGCCUACAGUGGAAAGAACAUUCAAUGAUUUUUGCAAUGCCAAAUAAGCCAGGGGAAUUUAGCCGCUUUGAUUUUCCAGAGGUUCUUCCAGCACCCUUAAAUGGAAUAUGGGCCAUAUUGAGGAACAAUGAAAUGCUGACGUGGCCUGAGAAAGUGCGAUUCGCCAUCGGACUUCUGCCAGCUAUGGUUGGGGGACAGGCUUAUGUUGAGGCUCAGGAUGGGUUAACUGUUAAAGAGUGGAUGAAAAGGCAGGGUGUGCCUGAUAGAGUAAAUGAUGAAGUGUUCAUAGCAAUGUCUAAAGCUCUUAACUUCAUAAACCCAGAUGAGCUUUCCAUGCAGUGUAUUCUGAUUGCUCUAAACCGGUUUCUCCAGGAAAAACAUGGGUCAAAAAUGGCAUUCUUGGAUGGUAGCCCGACUGAGAGACUGUGUAUGCCUAUUGUUGAUCACAUUCAAUCAUUGGGUGGUCAGGUCCAACUUAAUUCACGUUUGCAAAAGAUUGAACUAAAUUCUGAUGGGACAGUGAAACAUUUUGUGCUCGGAAAUGGAAAUAUCAUUACUGGAGAUGCUUAUGUAGUUGCUGCUCCUGUUGAUAUAUUAAAGCUUCUUUUGCCUCAAGAAUGGAGAGACAUUUCUUACUUCAAGAAAUUGGAAAAACUAGUGGGAGUCCCAGUGAUUAACGUGCAUAUAUGGUUUGACAGGAAACUGAAAAAUACUUAUGAUCACCUCCUUUUCAGCAGGAGUCCUCUUUUAAGUGUAUAUGCAGACAUGUCUGUGACUUGCAAGGAAUAUUAUGAUCCUAACCGCUCUAUGCUGGAGUUGGUUUUUGCCCCAGCAGACGAAUGGAUCUCGCGCAGUGACAGUGACAUAAUUGAGGCUACUAUGAAGGAACUUGCCAAGCUAUUCCCUGAUGAAAUUGCUGCAGAUCAGAGUAAAGCUAAAAUCCUCAAGUACCAUGUAGUGAAAACGCCAAGAUCUGUCUACAAAACUGUGCCUGAUUGUGAACCAUGCCGCCCUUUGCAAAGAUCGCCAAUUGAAGGGUUCUAUUUAGCUGGUGAUUACACAAAGCAGAAAUAUUUAGCUUCGAUGGAGGGAGCUGUUUUAUCUGGAAAGCUUUGUGCGCAGGCUAUUGUACAGGAUUAUAACUUGCUUGCCGCUCGGAGCAAUAACUCCCCUCAGGCAGAGAUGAUACCUGUCUAAUCAGGGAUCUGAAUCGCAGUGCUGAAAAGUUUUCAGGGAAGGAAAUUAAUUGACCAUCCUUUUUUCUUAUAGAAGAUGAUCCCAUUUGUAAUUUACUGAACUCUUAAAAGUUUUGAUUAUUUCUUAUGCUGUAUACUCAAGUGGCUAUUAGAAAUGAAAAGGGUUAGACCCAGUGUUGUCCAAAAAAUUUAACUUUGUUGAAUUUCUCACAGUAACAUUUACAAGAGUAGCAGAGAAACAAUUAUUCUUUGCAUUCUUGGUCUAUAUGCAAUAGAUAAUUUUUUUUUUCUUUU